AGCGCCGGAAGACGGUUUUCGGAGGGAUCCGACUCAGACUCACGUCGCACUCCUCGCAGUGGGACUAGUGGGAACUGGGAACGCUGGAGACCUGAUUUCGAGGUGACGCUACCGUCGCGGCCGCCGGCAAGUUCCUUUACUGUGUUUUCUUGGCUCAGCCUUGAAGUGAGUCGUGGACGAUCCUCUCUCAGCGUCCAGCCUGGACAGCGGGGUUGCUCCGGCAGCAUCCCUGGGAGCCCAGGGCCAGAGACUGAGUUAAAAGGCCCCUCCCCAUCUUCAGAACAGUCCUGGGUUCUGAGCCUGCCAUCCAAGGAACUCAGGAGGAGGAGUUGACAGUCUCUUCGUUCCUAACCGCCCUGGGACAACUUCAGCAUGUCUCAGGCCACCAAGAGGAAGCAUGUGGUGAAGGAGGUGCUGGGGGAGCACAUCGUGCCCUCCGACCAGCAGCAGAUUGUCAGGGUACUCAGGACCCCAGGGAACAAUCUGCAUGAGGUGGAGACAGCCCAAGGGCAGCGCUUCCUGGUGAGCAUGCCCUCUAAAUACCGCAAGAACAUCUGGAUCAAGAGAGGAGACUUUCUCAUUGUUGACCCCAUUGAAGAGGGAGAAAAGGUGAAGGCUGAGAUCUCGUUUGUGCUCUGCAAGGACCACGUGCGCUCCCUGCAGAAGGAGGGCUUUUGGCCUGAGGCCUUCUCUGAAGUGGCUGAGAAACACAACAACAGGAACAGACAAACUCAACCAGAACUCCCAGCUGAGCCACAGUUAUCAGGAGAGGAGUCCAGCUCAGAAGAUGAUUCUGACCUGUUUGUUAACACAAACCGCAGACAGUAUCAUGAGAGUGAGGAGGAGAGCGAAGAGGAGGAGGCCGCCUGAGACUCCAGGACCCACUUUUCCACUUGCUCAGGGAUGGGCCCCUGACUCUUCUGGGCUUGGACAUUCCCAGGGUGCUUUGCAGAUCUUCACCCCUGGAUGGGGACAAAGCAGGGCCCCUCUCUGAACUGAUGUUUUGAUUAGGAGAAUUAAACCCCUGGUGGGUUGGUGACUUGU